UUAUACACCGGAAUUUGUCAAAACGGCAAAGUUAUAUUGGAUUUAUUUCUCUUCGUUAUGUUUAUAUAAGACAAAAACAGAAUAAUUCGAGACGAAAUUUGCACUGUGAACAUGAAAUACUACACAGGAACAAGAAAACGUCGAAGUACAAGGAGUUCCAAGUCUGCCGACACCGGUGGAGGAGAUGGAAGUACCCAAAGUCAGGAAAAGGCAGRCGAAGCAGAAUCACAGGUUCCCAGUGAUGUUGAGAAGAGAAGUCUGAGGAAAAGAGGAAGAAAAAGAACCAGUUCAAACACUCAAGAAGAUAAUUCUAAAGCUAAGAAAGCAAAGCCUGUACAAACUCCAGACACAGAAAAUAUUUUUGAGGAGAAAAGCGAAAGAGUACGCCAAACUAGAAAGACAAGAARAACAGAGAAUAAAACAAAGGAUUUGAGAUCAGGCUCUAAAAAUGACUCAAAUGAAGAAACUGAGCAAGUACUUGUAGAGCAGCAAAAUAAGUCUGCAAGUUCAGGUAGACAUGGAAAGAAAACUACUUCAGCUACAUCRAAAACAAARCCUUCAUCAAGAUCCAAAAAUACCAGCACAGAAAUUGCAGCUACCAAGAAAUUACCAACCAAAGWGAAAGGAAAGUYAAAWAGAAAGUAUUCUUCUGAAAGUGAAGAAGAGGAAACGAUUGCACCAGCAARAGCUAAAACUUCCAAGUCAACUGAUUCAAAAAAUGAAACAACAAUAAAAACUAGAAGAGGCAGGAAAACUGCAAAACCUGGCUCUUCUGAAGGAAAUACUGAACAGCAACCUAAGUCUACGUUGUCAAAAGAGGUCCAGCCAACAAGGAAAAAGGAAACGGAAAAAGAAAAGAAAAAGRAAAAGGAAACGGACAAAGAAUCAGAAAAUGUUUCAAAGACAAUGAAAAGGAGUUCCUCAAGCAGAACAUCAAGAAAGACAAAACGYACCACAAAUUCAACAGCAGAAAUUUCUGAUUCACCUUUUGAAGGWGAAGAGCAGGAGAAGAGCAAUGAAGAUACAACAAAAAGUGAWGAUCUUGCUGUGUUAUCUGAUGGGUCUAAUGGUUGGCAGUCUGACCGAGAAUUUCUUCAGCAACAGGUUAAAAUCCUUAUGACUCCUUUUGAAAUCACCGACUGUCCUGAGUUAGCAAGAACAGGUAACAAGAGACAAAAAGAUAGUCACUUACCACAAGAUGUUAUUUUAAAGUCACUGAGAAAAUUAAACUACAAAGUAGAAGAUGAGCUUUUAAAGACUCUUAACAGACAAGGCCAAAGACGAAUCUUACAGCAAAUGCAUGAAAUAAGAAAUAACUGUCAGGAGUCUUCACAAAAUAUCCAGCCUGAGGAACCAGAAGAUGAUGAAAGUCUGGAAAAAUUAAGGAAAAUGGUGAAGUCUGCAGAAGAAGAAUGGAAUGGAUUGAAGGGAAUCAAGGAAAGAGUCGCAAAACUAGAAGCAUUAAUUAACAAUGUGGAUCCUGAAACACUCUCAAAAGAUAUAAACCAGUCUCUAAAAUUGUCAAAGAAGAUUCAAGACAAGAUUAAARAGGAAGGAACAGCAGAUGGUGCAUUACCAUUCAAUAAUUCUGUUGCAAAAGGUCCCAUCGGGCAUCAAGAAAUUGUUAACAAGUUGUUUCCAAAAUGAAGACAGUUAUGAAAACAAAACAGUGAAAAAAUCAACAACAAAACAAUAGAAAAAAUAAACCAACAAACAAAAACUACAUACGCAUGCUAUUAAAGCAUCCAGCUUGUAUUUAGUUUCUCAAAGAGUUCAGUAUUACAUAAUUCAGCAAAACCUGACAUUUAGUCAACAUUAUAGUCUAAAUAGGUGCUUCACGUUAUUCAUAAGUUAUACAUGAUCUGAUAUYGUAUCCAAGAAAAUUAGUCUCUUGUUAAGAAGUGAAAGAAAUUGUACAAAAGGUCUAAUACUAUUGUACCCUGGUCCGAGAGGUUUGAUAUUUUCUCUCUUUGUUAUUGUUUUUGUCGGCAAGAAGCGCCUUAAUCGGCGCUUCUUGCCGACAAUAAACAAUAGCGAAGAGAGAAAAUAUCAAACCUCUGGGACCAGGGUAAUACUAUUGAAAUCAUCAAGAAGGCACUAUCUUUAUUAGUCUCAAAUAUUGAAACCAGUAUCAURAAUGCCAAACCUUUUUUGUAAUGUUUAGAUUACCAUUUCAGGUUUUGUACAAGAGUUUAAAAUAGUCGCAUUUCAAA